GCGAAGUGGUAGGGGGAAGAGGGAGACGUGUCCGUCCAGAGUUUGGUUGUCAAACGAUCCGAUAGAUCGCGCUCGCGUCGCAGUUUAGCCCGUUUGCGCGUCGAGCCGCGGGCAGAGCUCUCAGUUGACGCUCAGUUCGGCUCAGCGAGGCCAGAGAGAAGAAAGGGAGUCUUUUCGUGUGUGUAAACACCGCGCGUGUGUGUUCGUCGCACCAGUCACAGUUCCAUGGGGACCGUGCAGCUGAGGAACCUAUAACCUGCGUGCUCCCCGUUAUAUCCGAAUCCAAGGGGUCUACUACCUGACUUUCCGAGACAGAAAGGAAGAAAAAAGUGACGAGAGAAAUAGCAUUCGGUCCGACCACGAACGCUCCGUUUCUCCUGACUGUGGCGAUCUUUGACGCGAAUUUGUCUAUUGAAGUUUCUUAGGUUCGGAUCACGCGUCUGUCUAAUCUAAUACGGACAGAUUGAAACGAAGAAAUAUUUGUUAAGAGGAAUAAGGUGAAAUAAGAUAGAAAAAAGAAAGUGACUGGUGAGGAAGAAGUGCGCGCUCGAAUUGUCGUGUGUGUUCGAAGUAAUGAGCAAGGUGACAGUUUCCUUUGAGGAGACGACAUGCAGCUCGAGCAUGGCCUGGAUCGGGACGACGAUAACAAGAUUGGUCGAGCAGUGAGAGAGACGUGCUCGUACCAUUGUUUGACGUGCUUAUCGAUUCACUUUUCGUGGAAAUUACGAUUGCCAAGUGUCCUUUUGACAUGUUCCAAGAGUGUACUAUUUGUUGAUCGUUUCGAGCAUUCAUCGUCACCGGUGACGUUCGACGAUCGCCAAGUUCCGUCGAACGCGCGAAACGACAUCGACCGAUCCGAACAAUAAAAUAAAAACUGUUGUUUCACAUUCAUUACGAAUAUAUCUAUUACGAAUAGUUAACUCAACAAUCCUUUACAAUCAGAUAUCUGUCAACGUACAUUUUUAAAGAAGUGCUGUGUCAAUUUUUUUGUUUUCGUUCAUUCCAACAUCGCGCUCCUCGCAUCGUAUCUUAAUUACCGGUCACCGUCAUUUGCUGUUCGACCACCUGGAUUACCUGGACAUCAUCAUUGGGAUUCCAUUGACGGUGUGACUGGAUUCUCAUCGACGACGUGUUCGCACGUGGUUACUUGUCGCCCAUCAACCUCAAUCGCAACCUCGGUCGUCAUCUCGGACGCGUUGUCGCGGUGGUGGUGGUGGUGUUGGUGCAUGGACCUCUUCUCGACGGAUUUGCUACGCAUUUUAUCGCGCCCCUGGGCGUCUUCGUCUCCCUCUCUGUCUAUUCCUGGUCUCGCUCUAUAACGUAUCUCCAUCCUUCUUCUUUGAUAUUCCGCUCUCUCUCUCUCUCUCUCUCUCUCUCUCUCUCUCUCUCUCUCUCUCUAUCUCGCCUUCUGGAUCACCGUGUGUCGUCUCUCCCUCCAUCCCACGCUUACCUACCCCUCCACCUGUCUGCCGCGCUGCUGCACACCCUCUCCUCUCUCCGCCAACCCUCCACUCGCACGAUCACCGUAUACCCGUACAAUUUUCUUUAUCCCCACCUAUUCGCGCGCGCCUUCUCUGCCUUCCGCACGCGUUUUCUUUAUUUAUUCCGCGAUUCCACGGAGCAACGCGGCUACUUUCGCACACGAUGAAACUUGCCCUUCCGUCCUCGUCUUUUUGAAAUCUCACGCGUCUCGCGCAACGACCAUUGGCCAUCGCCGCCGAUCUCCACGCUCGACGGGACUGUUCCCGUAAAAUCGACGAUAAUAACUACCGCUCCGCUCGCCCCCACCCUCCAUCAUCCUCAUCCCUUUUCUUUUCCUCGCCUCCUCCUCCCUAUCCCUCUCCUCCACCACCUGCGCUCCUCUCUCACCGCGUACGGUGACUCGUUCGCCCGGUCUAACGUUACUCGGUGCGUUACAUCGCCGCCUCGUCCGUCCUUGGAUCGUAUGCGCGCGUCGUAAAUGCAACCGCGCGAAACGACGAUGCGUUACACGAUCCGUUGGUGAAAAAAAAAAAAAAAAAAAUCGAUCCUUCUACUCCCCACGCUUCAAUCCACCGCCACUUUCUCGCGCACGAUCGCGACCGAAACCGACCGGCACACGGGACCGUGGACAUCCGCUGAUAUACCGAAUAUCGUUAUAACACCGACCAUCACCGGCCAUCAUCUGCACCAUCGCCGAUCACGUGGCUUGCUCGACGGCGACGCUGUACGACAAUGUUCACGCCGCGCCGCUGUGCGGCUCCGGCGUGGGCCACCCUGGCUCUGUUACGCCGAUGGGGACAGCUACCGGAGCGGGGAAUUCCACCGGGGUGACCUGGUGGGCCAUGAUGAACGGAUCCCUCUACGAGGACAGCCCACCACCGGUCCCGCCAACAGCCUCGAGCCUUAUCUCCGUUCAACAGCAACAGCAACAACAGACCCCAACGCCCGCGUCUCACCAACAAGCGACCACACCAACCUCGCCUGGUGCACCGGCCUCCUCGGCCACGAGCGCGCCUCCGCCACCAACGGCCAGCGCCAGCUCGACCUCGCCGAGCGCUUCCUCGGUGGCGAGCAACAGCGCGCCAGGACCUCUCCACAUACCCGCCAAGAGGUUGACCGCGACACCGGCCGCUUCCUACGGAGAGGUCGGCUGCGUGGAUUCCGCCGCCGCGCCCGCCGCUGGACCAGCGGGCGUCAUCCGUCAUUCCCACUCAUCCUCGGCCGGAUCCCAAGGCGGCUGGAGUUACAGCCCUCAUCAUCCGCAAGAAUCUCAUUAUUCGUCGGCGGCCGAUUCCUUGAACCAUCAUCAAACGUACGGGGGUAAUAACCCCCCGACGUAUUACAAUCUGGCGGCCGAUCCUACCUCCACUUCCGGCUCCUCCAGGGACAACCGGAAGGCGGGCACGCUCAGCUUCUGGUCGCCAGCGGCGGCGACGGCGGGCUCGGCCACGGCCGGGUCCACCUCCGAUUACAAGUCGUACAAUUCGGCUGGAGUCGCGACCACGAGCUCCUCGACGGGAGCAGGUUCCUCUUCCGCGGCCACGGGGGCCGCGGAUCCGGCCGUCUCUUCCUGUCAUCAAAGCUUCUCCCAGAGUUGGUGUAAUUACGCGCCGUACACCACGGCCAGGCAUCACCAUCCGGUUGACACGGCCGGCCAUCAUCAUCCGCAUUCGCAGGCAGGGGUACCAUAUUUGACGCCGUCCGCGGCGGACGACCGAGGAAGAGUCACUGCCGCCAUGGUCGCCGCAGAAGGCGCCUUCCCUCACGAUGGAUACGGGGGCCUCAGGAAUUACGGGGCGCCCGAACCUGUCACGUCCAGCCCGUACCCACCUCCAGUGAUGUGGGGUUCCUCCCCAUCUUCGUUGUUUCCCGCAGGUUCCCUGGCGGGAGUCGGCGUAGGUGUUGGCGUAGCUGGUAUGGGCGUCGGUUGCGGGAGCUCGAAUCCUCUGGAAUGGACUGGCCAAGUGACGGUACGGAAGAAACGCAAACCGUAUUCCAAAUUCCAGACGCUCGAACUAGAAAAGGAAUUUCUAUUCAACGCUUACGUGUCGAAGCAGAAACGGUGGGAGCUCGCGCGAAAUCUGAAUCUGACCGAGCGACAGGUGAAGAUAUGGUUUCAAAAUCGACGGAUGAAAAAUAAAAAAAAUAGUCAACGGCAGCAGCAGAACAAUAACAAUAACAACAGCAGCGCCAAUAAUGCAAAUCACCACGCGGCGACCGGUAGUCACCACCAUCCGAGCGCCGCGCAUGCGCCACCCUCGAGUCAUCACGUGGUCGCGCAGGCGCACCACGCAAAUGGUUCCGCGAAGCAUCAUCAGUGACCCGUGGCCUUCUCUGGGGUCGUCUUCGGCCAUCCACACUCUAAUCACAGCUCUACAAACGGUUGCACAGGAACUGGGACCGGGACCGGGACAGGGACAGGGACUGGGAACGCCGCUACCCAUUCCAACAACCACGCGAGCCUGGUUACAGGUCACAGCCACACGCUUCACGCGCCUCAACCUCAAACGCCUCUACCGACCCACGCCGCCGGUGCCUCGAGCACCGUCACGCCCCCCACCGCCGUCGUUCAUCCACACAUUCACGCACACGCUCAUCAUCAUCAGUUGGCGCACGUGGCUCAGCAGUAUCCUGCGCUUCUUCAUCAGACGCCUCAUGGCCUGGCUGCCUGAACACCUUUCAGGUUUUUUGACACCCCAGAGAAAUCGAAGGAGUCGACGAAUCGCCCAUACGGUCGAUUCGCAAUGCAGCAAUUUCUCAUCAGUCCUCGUAGUCGUCGUCAUCGUCAUUUGAAUAACCGGCAUCCACGACAAAACGUCGGAUAGAUAGACACGUAAUCCACAUACACACACAUACAUACACACACAUACACAUACACACUUAUCGAACUUUGUUCAGCAGCUAUUCAAAGACUGCCUAUCACUUGUAAGGAGAGAUAAUGUUUCCGCGAGUAGUAUAUUAUUACUAUUAUUAUUAUUAUUAAUUUUAUUAUUAUUAUUAUUUUAUUUUAUUAUUAUUAUUGUUAUUAUUGUUAUUAUUGUUAUCUUCAUUAUUAUUAUUAUUAUUAUUAUUAUUAAUCAUUAUUAUUAUUAUUAUCAUCAUUAUUAUUGCCAUCAUCAUUAUCAUCAUCAUUAUCCUCACCAUCAUCGUCAUCAUCGUCAUCAUCGUCGUCAUCGUCGUCAUCGCCAUCAUCAGCAUCAUCAUCAGCAUCAUCAUCAUCAUCAUCAUCACUAUUAUUAUUAUUAUUAUUAUUAUUAUUAUUAUUAUUAUUAUUAUUAUUAUUAUUAUUAUUAUUAUUAUUAUUAUUACUAUUACUAUUAUUACUAUUAUUAUUAUUAUUAUUAUUAUUACUAUUACUAUUAUUAUUACUAUUAUUAUUAUUUUAUUUUUAUUAUUGUAUUAUCAUUAUUUUAUUAUCAUUAUGAUCAUCAUUAUCAUUAUUAUCAUUAUUUUAUUAUUAUUAUUAUUUUUAUAUCUUAUUAUUAUUAUUAUCAUUUUAUUUUAUUUUAUUUAUUAUUAUUAUUAUUAGUAGUAUUAUUAGUAUUAGUAUUAUCACUAAUAUUAUUAUUAAUUAUUAUUAUUAUUAUAGUAUUAUCAUUAUUGUUAUUACUAUUAUUGUUAUUAUUCUUAUUCUUAUUUUCAUUCUAAUUCUUAUUAUUAUUCUUAUUCUUAUUCUUAUUAUUAUUAUUAUUAUUAUUAUUAUUAUUAUUACUAUUAUUAUUAUUAUUAUUGUUAUUAUUAUUAUUGUUAUUAUUAUUAUUAUUAUUACUAUUCCUACUACUAUUACUACUACUACUACUAUUACUAUUACUACUACUACUACUACUAUUACUACUACUACUAUUAUUAUUAUUAUUAUUAUUAUUAUUAUUAAUAUUAUUAUUGUUAUUAUCCUUAUUAUUAUUACUAUUACUACUACUAUUAUUACUAUUAUAAUUAUAAUUAUCAUUAUUAUUAUUAUUAUCAUCAUCAUCAUCAUCAUCAUCAUUAUUAUUAUUAUUAUUAUUAUUAUUAUUAUUAUCAUUAUUAUUAUUACUAUUAUUAUUAUUAUUACUAUUAUUAUUAUUAUUAUUAUUAUUAUUAUUAUUAUUAUUAUUAUUAUUAUUAUUAUUAUUAUUAUUAUUAUUAUUAUCAUUAUAAUAUUAUUAUUGCCGGUCAUCGUCAUCCCUAUCGUCAUCUAUGGUUAUUAUUCAACGGAAGGUAAUACUGUUGUAUAGAAUGUGCGUGACUUAUUGCGGCGUCCUUGGAACGUCAUCCAACCAGACUCUUUUUUUCCCGCGUGUCGGUAUAUCAGGUGUCGGUCUUCUUCAAAUAGUACGCAUGUCAUAUGCGGCACCGAACAAUCUGUCCAAUUCGUAAUUCGGUAGUAAUUUCCUCCAGUUAUAUAUAUAUAUAUAUACAUAUUUUAUAUAUAUAUAUAUAUAUAUAGUGAAGCAAAUUAGUGUCACUUAGUGUCUGUCCUAAGCAGCCCCCUCCCCUUUACCUUUAUUCCAAUCUGGACGAACGAUUUCUGUCCUCGUUACUCUCUUUCCUUUUCAAUAUCGGUCUGUAUCACUUGCUCGACCGUAAGUUUGCUUUGUCUUGCACUGUUCAGCUCAAUCAGAAUCAGAAGGGAAUUUAACGAAAACAUCUUGAAUCUUUGACGAUUACGCGGAAGCCCAGUCCAAGAAAACGACGACAUUGGUUCCCAUUGCUACGAUAUUCGUCCGGAUCGGCCGAAGAGAACCGCUUCUUAGGGGUAAGUGUAUCGAGGCGAAAAAAAGCGCGCGAUUUUUAAAAUUACGAUCGAUGUCAUUCGCGCGAAUUAUGUUCUAUUUGUUCGAUAUUUGUUGAGAGAUUGAAAAAUAUUUUUUUUUUUUUUUUGUUAUAUUUGUUUGACAAACGUGAAACGUUGAUCGCUACUGUCUGUGAUUUCGCGGAAAGUACUAAUAUUUGCAUAUAAGAACGUAUAUUAGUUUUUUUUGUCGCGAGACGAGUCUGAUCACGACGAAUUAGUCGUUCUGUAGGAUCCAAUCGAUUUUUAUUUUGAAUUCCAGCUGAACAGUGAGACGUAGACCGAUUUUCGAUUUUGUACUAUCCAACGUGCGCAAGUUCGCUGACGAGUUGCAGCGGGAUGAAAUGGUUUAGAUCUUUGUAGAUAAUCUUCUAUACUCAUUAUAAUUCGACGUUUCAUCCUGUGGGAAGUCGUCAGUCGAAAAAUCGUCAAUAACGAAAUCAGAGAAGAUCAAAGUGAGAAAUUAGGACUGGGUUCUUUUUAAUCUUCGACGAAACAAUUUGCGACAAAUAACAGAGUGGAUAGAUACUCGCUCAUUUUCGCAAAGUGCUUUCGUUGAAGACACACGUCUAAGACGGACCUGGUCCAAAAAAAUGAUGCGGAGAAUUAGUCUAAUUAUGUCCAGAAUGUUGUAUUCAUCGCCUACCAAGGAUCGCAAACUAGUACCUAUAAUUCUUAUGUUACAUGUAAAAAAAAAAAAAUCGAUUUAGAUUUUAAAAGUAUACCUAGUGGACUGUCGAGUGGAACUACCACUCUGAGACUGAGGUUAGGAUCUCAGUCGUGGAAUGAACGAUAUUGUGAAUCGAAUUCUCAUCGUUUCAAUUUCAAUUUUUCAACGACGAGAGAAAAAACAAUUCAGUUGUUAUUUAUUUGUUAAGUGUGAAAUUAUUUGUUUUGUUUGGAAAAAAUUCCAAAUAUAUGUGAUUAAUCCAGAAUUCAAAUUCGAUUACUUUCCUCGUUUGAAAUGGCAUUCGUCUUUGGAUCUGGUUAUGGUAAAAUUGUUGACAAAUUGAAAAAAAAUUCGAAAUUCGUUCGCGAGAGUGGAAAAAAUUUACAUGAUAAAAUGAUGGUUAGUCUCUUUUUUCAGAUUUGAGGAUGAAUGUUAUCCCUACGAACGAGAUCCUAAGUGCGGUCAUAAUCUAUAAGAAACGAAUAAGGGUUCACCUUUUAAUCGGUACGUCAGCGAGUAAGUAGGUAAUUUAAUCGGAUGUUAAAUGAAAAUAAAUAUCCCGGAUCUCUAUUCU